UGGUGAUGUCACCGGCUCAGUGGCGCUGGAGAGCAUCCUUUUCAGAGACAGGGAGGGAGACAACAGAGCCAUUUUGACCGCCCCGGAGCGAGGAGCGAGAGGAGAAAACAAACCGGCCGACCAGCGACCUUCCUCAGCGGCAGGGCAGGGCAGAGGAGGGCGGACUGGGCUGCGCAGGACGAACCUUCAGCCCCUUCAUGGAGAGCAGCGGCUGUUAGCGGGCGGCGGCAGCGGCGGAGAGAACCUGGAGGAGACCCGUGGAGGUGGAGGCAGCUGCGGGGCUGGAGACUGACAAACAGACGGCGGCACCACAGACUCGCUGCGGUUCACGGUAGCGGAGACCUGCAGGCCAGACACCAGGGCUCUAAAGAAGGCACCCCGUGGGUGCUAGGAAGACAGCACCAUGUCAGGGGCCUCUGUGAAGGUGGCGGUGCGUGUCCGCCCUUUCAAUUCAAGGGAGAUCGGAAAGGACAGCAAAUGCAUCAUUCAGAUGACUGGAAACACCACCACCAUCGCCAACCCCAAGCAGGCCAAAGACAACAAGAGCUUCAACUUUGAUUACUCCUACUGGUCCCACACCGGGCCCGAGGACGUCAAUUAUGCCUCUCAGGUGCAAGUGUACAGAGACAUUGGGGAGGAAAUGUUGCUACACGCCUUCGAGGGUUACAACGUCUGCAUCUUUGCAUACGGUCAGACGGGUUCUGGCAAGUCCUACACCAUGAUGGGGAAACAGGAUGUCAAGGAUCAACAAGGAAUAAUUCCUUUGCUGUGUGAAGAUCUUUUCAAUAAGAUCAAUUACAAUACAGACAACAGCAUGUCCUACUCUGUGGAGGUGAGCUACAUGGAAAUCUACUGUGAGCGUGUGCGAGACCUGCUGAACCCCAAAAACAAAGGGCACCUGCGUGUAAGAGAGCAUCCUCUGAUGGGACCCUACGUGGAGGACCUGUCCAAGCUGGCUGUCACCUCCUACAACGACAUCCAGGACCUGAUGGACUCUGGCAACAAAGCCAGGACUGUGGCAGCCACCAACAUGAACGAGACAAGCAGCCGCUCUCACGCCGUCUUUAACAUCAUCUUCACUCAGAAACGCCUCGAUGCUGGGACGGACAACACCUCUGAGAAGGUCAGCAAAAUAAGUUUGGUGGAUUUGGCCGGCAGUGAGAGAGCAGAUUCUACUGGAGCCACAGGGACGAGGCUGAAGGAAGGAGCAAAUAUCAACAAAUCUCUCACUACACUAGGAAAAGUCAUCUCUGCUUUGGCAGAGGACACUGGGCCAAAUAAGAAUAAAAAGAAGAAAAAAGUUGAAAGCUUCAUCCCCUACAGAGAUUCAGUUUUGACCUGGCUGCUGAGAGAAAACUUAGGGGGUAAUUCUCGUACUGCGAUGGUUGCUGCUCUGAGUCCAGCUGACAUCAACUACGACGAGACGCUCAGCACGCUCAGGUACGCAGACCGCGCCAAACAGAUUCGCUGCAACGCCGUCAUCAAUGAGGAUCCCAGCAACAGAUUGGUGCGCGAGCUGAAGGAGGAGGUGUCUCGUCUGAAAGAUCUCCUCUUUUCCCAGGGCCUGGGUGACAUCAUUGAUAAAUAUCCAGGGCCUGGUCCUGCGAUAGAGGGUUUGAAAUACGUAUCCGAUCACAAGAACAAUAACAAUAAAGGCCCUGCUGUGAAUCAAAGGGAUGAUCUCUCCACAGUGACCAAUGCCAUGACGGGGAUGAGUCCCUCUCCGACUCUCUCAGCCUUGUCCAGCCGUGCUGGAUCCAUUGCCAGUCUGCACGACCGCAUCAUGUUCAGCCCAGGCAGCGAGGAGGCCAUCGAGAGGCUGAAGGAAACCGAGAAAAUCAUUGCUGAACUCAAUGAAACUUGGGAAGAGAAACUUCGCCGAACAGAGGCCAUCAGAAUGGAAAGAGAAGCCUUGUUGGCAGAAAUGGGUGUGGCAAUGCGAGAAGAUGGCGGAACGGUUGGUGUGUUCUCCCCUAAGAAGACCCCUCAUUUGGUGAACCUCAAUGAGGAUCCGCUGAUGUCUGAGUGCCUGCUUUACUACAUCAAAGACGGGAUCACCAGGGUUGGGCGUUUAGAUGCCAGCAGUCGUCAGGAUAUCGUCCUCAGUGGCCACUUCAUCAAGGACGAGCACUGCACCUUCACCAGUUCUGAUGGUCCAACGGGAGAAAUGGUUGUCCUCGAGCCCUGUGAAGGAGCUGAGACUUAUGUCAAUGGAAAGAGAGUGACCGAGCCGACUGUCCUCAUAUCAGGAAAUCGCAUCAUCCUCGGGAAGAGCCAUGUGUUCCGGUUCAACCACCCAGUGCAGGCUCGGGCUGAGAGGGAGAGGACCCCUUGUGCUGAAACACCUGCUGAGCCUGUGGACUGGGCCUUUGCCCAGAGGGAGCUGCUGGACAAACAGGGCAUUGACAUGAAACAGGAGAUGGGACAGAGGCUGCAGGAGUUGGAGGACCAGUAUCGUAAAGAAAGAGAGGAGGCCAACAACCUUCUGGAACAGCAAAGACUGGAUUAUGAGAGCAAGUUGGAAGCUCUUCAGAAGCAAGUGGACCGUUAUUACCCUGAAGCUACUGAAGAAGAGGAGGAGCUAGAGGAAGAAGUGCAAUGGACGGAGAGGGAGAGAGAGAGAGCUGUGUGGAGCUUUCGUAAGUGGAGGUGCUACCAGUUCACUUCCCUUCGUGACCUGUUAUGGGGAAAUGCUAUCUUCCUUAAGGAGGCCAACGCCAUCAGUGUGGAACUCAAGAAGAAGGUCCAGUUCCAGUUUGUGCUGUUGACAGACACUCUCUACUCCCCCCUGCCUCCUGACCUGUUGUCCCCAGAGGCAACUAAAUUAAGAGAGAAGCAACACUUCCCACGCACCAUUGUGGCUGUGGAGGUGCAGGAUCAGAAGAAUGGAGCCACCCACUAUUGGACGUUAGAAAAACUAAGGCAGAGGCUCGAUCUCAUGAGAGAGAUGUAUGACCGUGCUGCUGAUGUGCCCAACAACACCACUGAGGACUGUGAAAAUGUGAUGACUGGAGGUGACCCCUUUUAUGACCGCUUCCCCUGGUUCCGUCUGGUCGGCAGAAACCCUAUUUUCAAGACGUGCAUGAGCAAGCGCAUGAGUGACCCCACCCCAUCCCCGACCCUCUCCACCUCUGAAAUUACUGAGCUGGCUGACUCGCAGCGGGAGGGUCGAGGAGAGGAGGAGUUUGAAGAGUUGGAGGACCUGGACGAUGAUAUCUUUUUGGACGACCCGUGCUUGGAGCUUGGGGGAGAGGAUGAUGAUGAUGAUGAUGAUGAUGAUGAUGAUGGUGAUGAUGAUGAUGAUGAUGAUGAUGAUGAUGAGGGAGAGCUCUGCCGAGGCUCCAGCGAAGGCCAGGAUCCCUUUUACGACCGCUCACCAUUAUUCAGUGUAGUGGGAAGGGCGUUUGUCUAUCUGAGUAACCUGCUGUACCCGGUUCCACUCGUGCACCGCGUGGCCAUCGUUAGUGAGAAGGGAGAGGUAAAGGGCUUCCUCCGGGUGGCAGUGCAGGCCAUAUCAGCGGAUGAGGAAGCUCCCGAUUACGGCUCAGGAGUGAGGCAGUCAGGCACUGCUAAAAUCUCAUUCGAGGAUCAGCAAUAUGAAAAGUUCCAGUCAGAAUCUUGCUCUGUCGGACUGUCCCGUACGGGGAUUUCACAGGAGGAGCUCCGUUUUGUGGAGGGUGAGGGACAGAGCUCAGAAAUGGGACCUUCAGCUGAUGAGGUCAACAAUAACACAUCUGGAGGAGAGGAGCUGGAGAAUCCUCUGAAGGCCACUGUGGAUGGGCCACUAGAUGCUCUGGAGCAUCUCAGGAUUGGUAACAUUUUUACCUUCAGGGUGACCGUCCUGCAGGCGUCUAGCAUCUCUGCAGAAUAUGCUGACAUCUUCUGCCAGUUUAAUUUCAUCCACCGCCACGAUGAGGCCUUCUCUACUGAACCCCUAAAAAACACAGGCCGCGGCCCUCCUCUGGGCUUCUACCAUGUGCAGAAUAUUGCUGUUGAAGUUACUAAAUCAUUUGUUGACUACAUCAAAACUCAGCCAAUUGUGUUUGAGGUGUUUGGACACUACCAGAAACAGCCUUUCCUUCCUCUCUGUAAAGACGUCAUCAGUCCAUUACGUCCCUGCAGAAGACAGUUUCCAAGAGUGAUGCCUCUGUCCAAACCAGUGGACUCUGACGCCUCGCCGGACCGGGAGAAAUCGCUGGAUCUCAUCCGCUACCUGGUGCCGGAUGUGCUCAAUGGUGCACUGGUGGACUCGCUGUCAGGCCAUGCUCUGUCUGCCGCUGGCUUGGCAGCUUCCUUCAUACUGGAAGCAAACGAGCGCGCUCAGUUGCCAGCACCACCCCUCUCGAUCUGUUCAGUUAUUAAAGCUCAGAAGCCGGUACCUGCAACCAAACUGACAACCAUGACCCGCCCACAGGCAGGACCAUGCCACUCUAAAUAUGAUCUCAUGGUUUUCUUCGAGAUCUGUGAGCUGGAAGCCAAUGGAGACUACAUCCCUGCAGUGGUCGACCACAGAGGAGGAAUGCCUUGCCAUGGCACGUUCCUACUGCACCAGGGCCUCCAGAGGAGAAUCACUGUUACUAUUGUACAUGAAUCAGGAGGUGACAUGGAUUGGAAAGAUGUCCGUGAGCUUGUUGUUGGACGUCUCCGCAGCACCCCUGAAGCUGAUGAGACCAUCAUUGACCCCAAUAUUCUCUCCCUCAACAUCUUGUCUACGGGGUAUGUCAGACCCAUGCAUGACGACAGACAGUUUCUUGAUUCGGACAUGCCUAGGACCUUCUAUCGCUUUGAAGCAGCUUGGGAUAGCUCCAUGCACAACUCUCUGCUGCUAAAUAGAGUCACUCCAUAUGGGGAGAAGAUCUACAUGACCCUCUCAGCCUAUCUGGAGAUGGAGAACUGCACCCAGCCCGCAGUCAUAACCAAAGAUAUCUGCAUGGUGUUUUACUCCAGAGACACAAAGCUCUCAGCCUCCCGCUCCAUCCGCAAUCUUUUCGGUACUGGAAGCCUGAGAGCAGCUGAUGGAAACCGAGUCACGGGAGUGUACGAGGUUAGCCUAUGUAACCUAGCAGAUGCAGGAAGCCCAGGUAUGCAGAGGAGACGCAGGCGGGUGCUGGACACCUCAGUGGCCUACGUCCGUGGGGAGGAGAACUUGGCUGGGUGGAGGCCUCGCAGUGACAGCCUCAUUCUGGACCACCAGUGGGAGCUGGAGAAACUCAGCCUCCUUCAAGAUGUGGAGAGGACCAAACAUUACCUGUUGUUGAGAGAGAAACUGGAGUCCACCAUGCUCAUGGGUCAGGAGUCCCUGCAGGCCUGUGUCACUGAGGAGCUGAGCGAGGUUCCUCAGACCCCCGAGGUUGAUCCAGAGGUCAGCUCCGGCUCUGACUUCGCCACGGAGAGGCAGAGGGAGCUCGCCGCCAAGUGUUUGCGGCUGCUCACACACUCCUUCAACAGAGAGUACGGCCAUGUGUGUGUCAGUGCCAGUGAAAGCAAGAUCUCAGAGAUGUCGGUCACAACACUCAGAGACUCCACUUCAAUCUCUGCUCUCAACACAAUCACACCCUCCUCAACGUGCCCUUCACUGGUGGAGGGUUGCUAUGGCACCACUGAACUCAGACCACCCAUGCCUCGCUCUCGUGCCGUCAGCCCCGGUCCUGACACACAGCAGGAUCCAGAGGCCAAGAAGUCCAGCAAUGGAGCCCCUGAAGCAAAGCCCCGCAGCCGCAAAUUUGUCCCUGACAUCCAGGAGAUUAGAGUCAGCCCCAUCGUGUCAAAGAAGGGUUACAUACAUUUCUUGGAGCCACACACCAACGGAUGGGUGAAGCGUUUUGUUGUGGUGCGGCGGCCGUACGUUUACAUCUACAACACAGAGAGAGACGCGGUGGAGCGGGCGAUUCUCAAUCUCUCGUCUGCCCAGGUGGAGUACAGUGAGGACCAGCAGGCGAUGCUGAAGACUCCAAACACAUUUGCUGUGUGCACAGAACAUCGUGGAAUAUUACUUCAAGCGACAAAUGACAAAGAGAUGCAUGACUGGCUGUACGCAUUUAAUCCUCUCCUUGCAGGAACUAUCAGGUCAAAGCUGUCGAGAAGACGAGCCGGACAGAUGAGGAUGUGAAACAACACCCUGAACAAAUAUCAUGAGAGAAGAUUGAUCGCAAAGACUUACAUGUAAAUAGAUCCACGUCCUGAUCGCCGCCCCCGUGCUGAGCCCCACCACCACCAUCACCACCACAGACAACCAUCUUCCCCCUGUGCGUUCUCAGUUUAUCACUAGUGUCCUCUGCACCUAAAGCGUCCAUUUUCGUGUCAGGCCUUUUGCCGCAGUGUGAGUCUUGUAGUCUGGAGAACCUCUUCAAAAAGCUGUCACUAUACUGUACCGGAGUUUGUUCAUAGAGGGACGAAUGAAGAAAAUGGAGGAAGUAGCAACAGGUUUCUUAUCUCAGAUUACAUAUAUAUGGUAAUGUACUGUAGUUGUUGUCAGUGACACAUCAAGCCUUAUACAUUUAUUCCUUAAGAAAAUGCAGUGACAUUUAUCUCAUCUGCAGCUGCUGCGGCAGUGAGGAUCACACUGCUACAUUUGCAUCAGUAAAUAGGCAAACAUGCAGAUUCUUCUCUACUCUACUGCUAUAUAUACAGUGUCUAAAACAGGUUUGCAUACAACAUACAGCAAGGAAAUGCACAAAAAAAAAGAAAAAAAUGACAGUUGAGUGCAGCUCUUCUGAAUAUUUCUCUCUUCUUUCUGGUCUGUGAAUCCUGACUUUGAGUCGUCUGCCUCGUGUCGCCGAAAAAACCGCAUAGAAACUUUAGCACACACAGCCUGGCGAGGGAAACAUCACAUCAUCAUAAACUUCAUGUUCUUGUGGCAUUUUGAUAAGUCCGUGUCAUUUUAGCUACUUGUAGGAGCACUGUGGGUAUCUCCAUUCACAUGUUAAGUAAUCGGAUAUCAUCUCAUUAAUCCUCCCAACUUAAUCUCAUUCUCUACCUGGAUUUUUUAUUUGUUUUUAAAUGUGAUAUAUUUAGAUAUUUAACAGCUUUAUUAUUUAUUUCUGCAUGUAUUUAUUGACAAAGACAUUUAUAUUUCUAAAGUAGUAGUACCGUGCAAUUUCUGCACACUGCACUUUUUAAUAUAAGUUCCUUCAAUGUUUGAAUAACUCAACCCUGUCCCCAAUGCAAUUAAUAACAAUUCAAUAACUUUAUGAUUGGCCAGUUUCUUUACCUGAUGGAAUAAUGAUAACAUCCCCUCUAAGAUUCGGAUAGUCACACCAACUAACAUCUGACCAGAUCAAUACAUUAGGUAGAGGAUAUUAAGGUGGUCCAUUCGAUACUGCACAAAGCUACCUUGUUAAAUGAUCAAAAGUAUAACGUGUUCCUCACAGCAAAGAAUAAGAAACAGUUUGAAUGAAAUGUACAGUAUAUUGAUUAAAUGUAGUGCCUCUCUUAUCAUCAUACUGUAUUGGCGUACUGUACAGUAUGCCCCCCGCAACAGUUGCUUUGAAACUACAUCCUUCAUGCUGCUAUAAUACUGUUCUGGAAGUGUCUGCAGAUAAUAACAUCACAUUUCUGCAUCGUCAUCAUCAUCAUCAUCGUCUCGUACAUAUUCAGACAAAUCAUCUCGCGUACUGCAAAUGUUAGAUUUCAAAUGUGGCAAUCAGAUGCUAUGUGAUACAGAAUGUUCCAUAACACACAGUAUACUUCAUUCUAAUCUAUGCUAUAACCGUAUUUGUGUUGUCAAAGAACAUAUGCUGUCAUUUGUCCAACAAUCAAUGCUGCAUCGACCCUGCUUCCUUUUUCAACCCUGUCAGCUUAUAAUUUGAUAUGGUUUCAGUUUGAAGGGUGAGCGUGCCUCAGGUCAGCCAGCCUAGAGAGCAUGUUCCAUAAUGUACAGUAAAUGACGUGUCACCUACAUACGCAGACAGCAUCUCAAAGCAUUUAACCGUAUUAUUUCUCCGUAUCUCAUGUCAAAGUACAUUGAAGUGUGGCAGUAAGCUCUAACACCACUCCCCCAUGUUUGUAUCAGUGAUUUCAAUAUAAUAGUCUAAUAUCAAUUUCUGAGAUUAGAAAGUAUUCUGUGUGUUGUGGACAUAUUUUCAAGUUCUCCAAUCAAACCAUUUGACAACCCUACGUGUGUACUACUGUCAGUCCUUAUAACUUAAACGGCCUGUUCAUAUCUUUUUAUUUGUUUUCGGUGAUCGAUGUGGUGAUCACAUACGUUGUUGGCAGAGAGUGCAGCCCUAGUUUAUCCAGCUUUACUUGUCAUCACACAUGCCUGCUGCACCGUGCAUCAUCACUGUCUCAUGCACUCGUCUCUGUCUUAUUUCCUUUACAACCGAAUCUGAAAAUGUCAGCUCCACUCUGAUCUUAAUGUUGAGAUUAUUCCUCUCGUUUUCAUCGCGCCUUUUUAAUGUGUAUCACAUUCGAGCCAACCAAAGUUUUGUUGGCACAGUCACAAACAAAAUCACACUGAAUGUACGUCAAUAUUUAAAAAAAAUGCUUAUUUUGCUGGAGUGCUUGUGUUGACUUGUGAUUCACGGUCUGGUUCCUUAUUGAUUGUAAGUGGGUGAUUAUCAGGGAACGAAAUGGGGCAUAUCUGUAAUAUUUUAUCCACUGAUGUGUGGGAGGAUGUAAUUGGUUGAUCAUUGCCCUGUAGGGCAUCUUGUACAGAGUAAUGCUGUAGGUUACCUUCCUGUCAGUCUUUCACUCUUCUACCAUCACCGUCAUGCUCCAACAGCCUUCACAACAUCUACUUUUUCUAAUCCCUCCCUUUUGAAGGAAUAUCAUUUCAAAUUUUUGUGCUUCCACUUCUGAUUUUUUUUUUUCUCUCGCACUAUCAAAUGAUUUUGCAUUGUACAUAAACAUGAUUGCUGUGAACAUUGUAUUAUAAAGUUGCACCCAUUUACAAAAUCUUAAAUGGGCAGUAGUUCAGUCAGUGUCUCUGAGUGUUGGAGUUUAGCGUCAAAUGUUUGUGUACACUAAACACAUUGUCAUAUAUCAAAUAAACAUGGAAAUUAUGCAACACAAA